AUGGCUGCCGCAGACAACAUCUUUAAGAUUUUGUUCUUCAUGCAGUCGCUUGCUUUCAUCACUUUCCUCAUUAAUUCGUACCAGAAUCCCAGUGUUCCUCCUAAACGUCAGCGAAUUUCUGAUACUUGCGAGUGCCAAGGAAGCGGUGCCGGUGAAGUAGCGUCAAACACCAUUGGCAGAAGCGUGAACCAAACGCACGGUUCCCUGUCCAACUGCAGUCUAGCGGACGUCAAGAUGAGGCCUGGUGUCGUCAUGUUGACCACGACAAACCUUGGCUUCAUGGACAUGACUCUCAACAUGCUGGAGAGCAUCAAAAGAACAGGAGUUUGCGUGAACACCACUAUCGUAGCCGAGGACAAGAAAUGUUACCAGUAUCUUAGCAAGAGAGCUGAGGGUGACCCAGCAGUGCGCGUGGUGUUAACAAACUUGGGAGAAACCACUAGCAAGGAAAUACUUCGAACUCAACGUCGCCAGUACUACGCGCUCUUCAACAAACGCCAAGAAUACUUUCUAGGCUUACUGGAGCGAGGCUACGAGGUUUUAUUCACUGAUGCCGACACAUUUUGGUUCCGGGAUCCAUUUCCGUACUUCAAAGGAGACUUCGACAUGUCUAUGAUUGACCCAAGAUCGCCUUAUCCAACUCGAUCCGAAAGAGCACAUUAUUGUGCUGGUUUUGCGUAUUUCAAACCGACCAAAGUGACGAUCCAGUUCGUCAAGGCUUGGAUUCAAGAAAUGCGAAAUAAUGACAAAGCCAAAAAGCUUGUGGCAGAUCAGAGUGUGAUGAACUACCUUCUUCAUGAGGACAAGCCCGUGCACGUCAACGUCCAGCCACUGGACACCAACAUUUUCCCGUGGGGACCCAAGUUCUACGAGCUCUUGGCGAAGAAGGCUAACUACCCCACUGUUGUGAUGCACGCUGCCAGUAUCCGGGGAAGAGCCGCAAAGGUGGCGAAGUUUAAAAGCUCAAAUAUGUGGCUGGUGAAUAUCACGAUAAGCGAUAUCAAAUGA